CGCGCCCGCGCCCGGCCACUCGCCGAGCCCCGCGCUAUAAAGCGCGCCCCGCGUGCCCGGCGCGGCACUCCGCAGAGGGCGUUCCGCGGGCCGAGCCGUGCGCCUGCGCAGUGCGGGCCGUCCCCCGCCCCCGGCCCCCGAGCCUCGUCGCCCCUCCGCCCCUCCGCCCCUCCGCCGGCCGGCCGGGCCCCGCCUCGGCUCCGCAGCUCGUCCCGCGCUCAGCCGCCCGUCUCCCCGGCAGCCACCAGCUCGGCCAGCUCCGCGUCCGGCAGCAUGUUCAGCUGGGUCAGCAAGGAUGCCCGCCGCAAGAAGGAGCCGGAGCUCUUCCAGACCGUGGCCGAGGGGCUGCGGCAGCUGUACGCGCAGAAGCUGCUGCCGCUGGAGGAGCAUUACCGCUUCCACGAGUUCCACUCGCCCGCGCUCGAGGACGCCGACUUCGACAACAAGCCCAUGGUGCUGCUCGUGGGCCAGUACAGCACGGGCAAGACCACCUUCAUCCGGCACCUGAUCGAGCAGGACUUCCCGGGGAUGCGCAUCGGGCCCGAGCCCACCACCGACUCCUUCAUCGCCGUCAUGCACGGCCCCACCGAGGGCGUGGUGCCGGGCAACGCGCUCGUCGUCGACCCGCGGCGCCCCUUCCGCAAGCUCAACGCCUUCGGCAACGCCUUCCUCAACAGGUUCAUGUGCGCGCAGCUGCCCAACCCUGUCCUGGACAGUAUCAGCAUCAUCGAUACCCCGGGGAUCCUGUCGGGGGAGAAGCAGCGGAUCAGCAGAGGCUACGACUUUGCGGCUGUGCUGGAAUGGUUUGCCGAGCGUGUGGACCGCAUCAUCCUGCUCUUCGAUGCCCAUAAGCUGGACAUCUCGGACGAGUUCUCGGAGGUCAUCAAGGCGCUCAAGAACCACGAGGACAAGAUCCGGGUGGUGCUGAACAAGGCGGACCAGAUCGAGACACAGCAGCUGAUGCGCGUGUACGGCGCCCUCAUGUGGUCGCUGGGCAAGAUCAUCAACACGCCCGAGGUGGUCCGCGUCUACAUCGGCUCCUUCUGGUCGCACCCGCUGCUCAUCCCCGACAACCGCAAGCUCUUCGAGGCCGAGGAGCAGGACCUGUUCAAGGACAUCCAGUCCCUGCCACGCAACGCCGCACUCCGGAAACUCAACGACCUCAUCAAGCGGGCACGGCUGGCCAAGGUCCACGCCUACAUCAUCAGCUCCCUCAAGAAGGAGAUGCCCAACAUGUUCGGGAAGGAGAGCAAGAAGAAGGAGCUGGUGAACAACCUGGGCGAGAUCUACCAGAAGAUCGAGCGCGAGCACCAGAUCUCGCCCGGCGACUUCCCCAGCCUCCGCAAGAUGCAGGAGCUGCUGCAGACCCAGGAUUUCAGCAAGUUCCAGGCCCUGAAGCCCAAGCUGCUGGACACGGUGGACGACAUGCUGGCCAACGACAUCGCGCGGCUCAUGGUCAUGGUGCGCCAGGAGGAGUCGCAGAUGCCCUCGCAGGCCGUCAAGGGCGGCGCCUUCGAGGGCACCAUGAACGGGCCCUUCGGGCACGGCUACGGGGAAGGGGCCGGCGAGGGCAUCGACGACGUGGAGUGGGUGGUGGGCAAGGACAAGCCCACCUACGAUGAGAUCUUCUACACGCUGUCGCCCGUCAACGGCAAGAUCACGGGCGCCAACGCCAAGAAGGAGAUGGUCAAGUCGAAGCUGCCCAACACGGUGCUGGGCAAGAUCUGGAAGCUGGCCGACGUGGACAGGGACGGGCUGCUGGACGACGAGGAGUUCGCACUGGCCAACCACCUCAUCAAGGUCAAGCUGGAGGGCCACGAGCUGCCCGCCGACCUGCCGCCGCACCUCGUCCCGCCGUCCAAGCGGAGGCACGAGUGAGCCGCGCGGCGGGGGAGGGGAGGCGCCCCGCUUCUCACGGUCCAUAAAGGCCGAGCCCAGUGGCCCGGCGCGCAGAGGAGACGCCCCAUCUUUCUUUCCGGGCCUCACGGGCCCCGGGGGAGGCGGGCGGCGCUCGGGUUGGAAGGCUGGAAUUUUGUGCACAAGAACUGUGGAUAUUUUUAAUAUAUAACGUUCGAGGCAGUAUUCUUUCUUGCCUCCUCCUCCUCCUCCUCCGUCUGGUCACCCACGCACGCCCAGCCUGACCCCUCUGCCGGCCCCCAGCCACUGGCAGGCACCUCGGGGCACCCCUGCCAGGCUGCCCCACCCGUCCUCUGCCCCCGCCCCCACCCCGCCUGUGCCCCCACGCCCGGGUUAAGUGCCCCACCAGCUUCGCCCUCCACCCCUCUGCCUCCGUCUCCCCGACACAAAGCCCCACCGUCGGGGGCACCUGUGAGCAAACGUCUUCCAGAGAAACAUAAGCUAGGCUGGGCGGGUCGCAGGGCCCCUCACGCACCGGCCCCGCCUUCUCUGUCCCAUCGGCAAACUGUGACGGCCUGUCCACACUCCAACGCCCGCUGCGCCAGCUCCAUGUCCCCCAGGGUGACGUGUCCUCAGGAGUCUGGGCUGCUCGGUGCUCCAGCCACAGGGACCAGGCCCCUCCCCUUCACCUGGGGGGAAGGGAGGGGAGACGUGGGACCAAUGCCCCCCCCACCCAGAGUCAGCCACUGGGACCAGGAGCUGGGCCUGGGUCGGGGCGUCCGUCACCCCAUGGGGGCCUCAGGGACGCGCUGCUCUCCACCCCCCUGGGUCCCAGUGGCCAGGGACCCACCCUGAGACCUCGUCCACACUCUAGACGGCAUUCGGUGAGGACAGCGGUGCCAGUUCAUGGGUGCGCCACUGUCCGGGCACCGACUUCUCCACACUCACCUGUGGAAGCAAAAGCAACUAAAGACGAGACUUUUCUUGCAUUAAAGACACUGAACGGUGCAGA